AUGCCACAGACAGGGAAUCAGACAAGCUUGUACAACAAGCUUGUCAUCACCUUUGUUGCCAUUGGCGGUACUACAUAUGGAUAUGCCGCCUCAAUCAUAGGAAGCACCAUCGGACAACCUGGCUGGUAUCAGUUCUUCGAUCUCCCUCAAAAUGGUGAACCAGGCUAUGAUACUAUAACCACCCCAGCAAUUGCGACUGCCAAUGGCCUCUUCUCUGCCGGUGGCGCCGUCGCCUGCCUGAUUCUCAUGUGGGCUUGCGAUUACUACGGACGUUUGAGAAGUAUCCAAUUUGGUUGUGCGCUAGGUAUUCUCGGCGGUAUCCUUCAAUGCGCGGCCCAAAAUCUUGCUAUGUUCCAGGCUGGUAGAUGGAUCAUGGGAAUGUGUGUCGGUCUUAUGGCUACUGUCACACCCAUGUACCUCUCCGAGAUGUCUAGCCCUCUCGCCCGAGGCUGGCUUGUAGGUCAUCACGCCAUCUUUCUCGUCUUUGGUUAUAUGCUUUCCUCCUGGAUUGGUUUCGCAGUCUACUUUUCACCCAAUCUAGAAUUUGGAUGGCGAUUUCCAUUGGCAUUCCAGGUCCUGCCUCCAGUCGUUCUCCUUGCUGGUUCCCCAUGGAUCCCGCGUUCGCCUCGAUGGUUGAUGUCCAAAGGGCAUCGCGAUGAAGCUUGGUCUGUGCUCGUCCGGCUUCGCAAGUCGCCCAACGACCCAGAGGAUCUGGUUGCGAAAGAAGAGUUCUAUCAAAUCGAUAAGCAGCUUGAGCUUGAUGCUAAAAAGUUGGAGGCCUAUGGCGGAAGCCCUUGGAAGGCUGUCGUGAUGAAGAAGAGCUACCGCACACGUAUGAUCAUCGGAUUCAUGACACAAUGGGGUGCCGAGUUCGGAGGUCCUCUUAUUAUUAACAACUAUGCUGUUAUCCUGUAUACCAGCUUGGGCCAAACUGGCCACAUGCCUUUGUUGCUAUCUGCCCUUUGGUUAACAACUGCCGGACUCAUUUAUAACCCCGCUGGUGCUUGGCUCCAUGACAAGGUCAACUCUCGUCGCAAGAUGUACAUGACUGGCUUUAUCGGUAUUGUCAUCACCACCUCUAUCUACUGUGCCAUGAUCUCGUUGUAUGCAGGUACAGACAACAAAGUGGGCAAUGCUAUGGGCGUGCUGUUCAUGUUUUUGUACCUUGCUUUCCAGGGGACAUUCUGCAACACAACCAUGUAUCUCUAUGUCUCAGAGAUCUUUCCUACCGAAAUCAGAUCCAUUGGUAUUGGUUGGUCACUGUUUGGGCAAUUUGCCGCCACAAUCAUUCUUCUUCAAUCUGCGCCCAUUGGAUUCAACGCCGUGGGAUGGAAAUACUUCCUUCUCAUCAUUUGCUGGAGCGUUCUUUUCAUCCCAGCCAUUUACUUCUUCUGGCCCGAGACAGCGCGGCUAUCUCUUGAAGAGAUUGGCAAGCAGUUUGGAGACGAGGUCGCUGUUCAUAUUAAUGAUGCCACGGACGAGGAGCGUGCAGCCAUUGAUAGGAAACUGAUCGCCGAGGCUCAUUCUGCAGACAAAGGCCCUCAGACUGGCGUGAAUGAUGUCCCUUCCAGCAAAAGUAGCCAGAACAUUUCCUCGGAGAACUAA